AUGCCAAGGACUAGGUCUCAGAGGAACGCUGACGGAUCAAAAGGGACCGCACGAAGUGGCCGCCCCCAAAACCCCCCUCGAGGUCCAACACCUAGAGAAAGAGGAACGGGGCCCUCACGAAUCCCGCCUGAACAGCUGGUUCAGACGGUGGCGGAAAACCUGCCCACUUUCGAGGCAAUCAUGAACUACCUCAAAGGGCAGUCGGGAGGUCAUCAGGACAAGGAACCUAAGAUCCAGGGAGUAGAGCUGUCAGAGUCCCGAACAGGGAGUCCCAAGCCCGGGGCCAAGCGGGCGCACCGGGAACUCACGCGUGAGCAGGUCGAGGUCGUAGAACCCUCUCACAAGAACUCCCGAACUGAACACCCGGAGCCCGUCCGGAGAUUCUCAAGGGGAGAGCUCUCUCCCCUGGAAGAGCGACAACAGGUACAGGAUGAGUUGGACCUACUGUUGGAUCCUGAGGCUGACAGGUACAUUGCUUCCCCCUUUGUGCUCGAUAUUAAGGACUACCCGCUGCCCGCGAAGUUCAAAAUUCCACACAUGAAAUCCUACGAUGCAACCAUGGAUCCGGAGGACCACCUGUUCGCGUUCAUGACCCAGAUGCGCAUGCAAACGGCCGCGGAUGCGGUCAGAUGCAAGACCUUCCCAAUGUUCCUGGAGGGAAAAGUCCGGCAGUGGUUCCAGGGACUUCCCCCCAGGUCGAUCCGGUCUUUUACCCAACUCGCACGACUGUUCUCAGCACAGUUCGUUUCUUCGCGAGCCUUCUCUAAAAGCACUGCUCACCUCAUGACUAUCCAGCAAAGGCCCGAGGAGUCACUAUGCGAAUACAUGGUACGAUUCAAUAACGAAUCCCUCCAGGUCCGCGACCGAGACGACAAGGUGGUCAUGGCCGCCUUCAUCAACGGGCUGCGAAAGCAGAAGUUAUACACUGAGCUCGUAGAGAGACCUCCCAAGUCAGUUCGGGAGAUGCUGGACCGAGCUCACGAGAAGGCCAACGCUGAGGAAGCCAAUCGCUUGAAGAGCGCGCAGGAAAUGCAGAGGGACGACAAACGCAGGAGGAAUGCCGACCAGGGGGACGUGCCGUGUGACCAAGGACGGAAAAAUACCUAUGACCGCCUGCCUAGGAGUCGGAGCCUGGGGGGAGAUAAGACUUGGACCUCCCUCACAGCGCCCCGAGCUCGCGUCCUCACGGUGAUGGAGCAAGAAGGGCUCUCCUGGCCUCCCCGACCUUUGGCCGGGGACAAAAGCAGACGGGACCAGAGCUUAUACUGUACAUAUCACCGAGAUGUGGGACACGAUACGGAGGAUUGUCGUCACCUCAAGAAGGACAUUGAGAAGUUGAUCAAGCGAGGCCACCUCGGGCAGUUCAUACGUGACGAACGAGUUGACCAGCGACGGGCAAGACCCAAAUCAGAUCAUCUGAGCUACCCCCAUGACCGACCUCAAGGGCCUCGUGGCCGAACUCCCGAGCAGGAAGUUCAGAAUCUGGCUGGGGUGAUCAAUACUAUUGCAGGAGGACCGGUUGGAGGGGAUAGUCAUACAGCUCGGUGGCAUAACCGCCCCCCUCCCAGCGGAGAAAGCUCGAGCAAACGGCUGAAAAUGUACGAGGAGAUUGUCUACGGACCAGAAGAUGUAGUGCCUUUGGCCUCCAACAACCACGAAACUAUCGUAAUAGAGGUCAUCACUUGCAAUUACAAGAUAAAGAAGGUAUACAUCGACAAUGGCAGUGCCAUCGAUGUGCUGUACUACAAGACCUUUAAAGAGUUGCAGCUCGAGGACAGACAGUUCGUCCCUGUUCGGAGUCCAUUGAUCGGCUUUGCUGGCCCUCCGGUAAGACCAGAGAGAAUGAUAACUCUCAUGGUCACAGUGGGGGUGUCGCCAAAGUGCCGAACGGUGCCAGUAAAUUUCGCGGUGGUGAAAGAGCCCUCAUCGUACAAUAUGAUUCUGGGACGGUCCACUCUGAACGCCCUCCGGACUGUCUGUUCCACCUUGCAUCUCAGCAUGAAAUUUUCUACUCCAACUGGGGUAGCUGAGGUGCUCGAAGAUCCGGAGGUGGUUAGGACCUGUUACAUUGCAACUCUCAAGGACAAUGAGAAAUUGGUAGCCCAAACUGCUUGCUUAGAGUCCUGGGAGCCCAAGUAG